UUUGUGAGUCAGAAUUUUUAUAAAUGCGAGUCUUUCCAAACAAAUGCGUUUUUACCCCUACUUAUUAAAGAUACAUGUAAAGUAUGUCCAUAAAAAAAGUUUCCUGGUUGCUAUGGAGACGACAGCAGCUAUGUGAGAGCAGGAAGUAAGGGUGCGAGGGUCUCGUCUCCUUUUUGUUUGCCUUACAUCGCAGUUUAAACGAUGGACUUACCAGAAACUCUCCGAAGACGCUUGGAAGACUUUUCUCGUAAUGUCUUUGUGGACCAGAAUCAGCCUCCGUCGAAGGAGCGAAGCACGUCUUCAGCGCACGACCGGCGCGUUCUGUCCAGCCUGCCCCUCCAGAUGUCUCUGUUCUUUAACAUGUGGUUCUUCCCCCUGUGGUGGAUCAGCGAGACUGUCAUGUUGCACCUCAAAUACUCUGCUUUGCCUGACUACUACAAGUUCAUCCUGGUGACGGUCCUCAUCCUGAUGACUUUGAUUGAGGCCAUUAGACUCUAUCUUGGUUAUGUGGGGAACCUGCAUGAAAAGGUGGCAGAGUUGGCUGGAUUUUGGCUGCUGAGCAUCCUGCUGCAGUUGCCGCAAAUCCUCUUUCAGCUCUUCAACGAAGGCAUCCUCAUACAGCCUCUGGAAAGAGGCGUUCACAUCGUUCUGGCUCUUUUCAUCCUCACUCAGGCCAUCGUUGGUUUUGUGGCUUUACGGGACUUGGUCAGACACACAGAAAGUCAAUUCCAUCUCCGUCAGUUUGACUGAAACAUCCGCUUAUCAACUUCCUGUCACAGCACUUCAUGCUGCCAAGACGCUAGGCCAGGGGUGUCCAAAGUGCGGCCCAGGGGCCAUUUGCAGCCCACAGCUGUUUUUUUAUUGGCCUGCGGUGCAUUCUAAAAAAUAUACAAGAAGAAAAACAGCAAAAAUGGAAAAAUCAGCAGUAAGUUUUAAAAAUGAAGAGGAAAAAAGUUGUAAUCUAACGAGAACAAGUCGUAUUUUUACAAGAAUAGCGUCGUUUAUGAGGAAAAAUAUCAUUUUUGUAGAACAUAUGUGUCAAACUCAGGGCGCAGCAAUUUCAUCCAUUUGCGGCCCGCAGCUAUUUUUUUUAUUGGCCCACAGCACAUUCUAAAAAUAGAAUUUAACAAGAAUAAAAAAAAAAAAAAAAUACAGCAAAAAUUUAAAAAAAUCGGCUGUAAUUUUACAAGAAUAGAGUCAAAAAUAUGAAGACAAAAAUUUGUAAUCUAACGAAAAACAUUUAAUUUGACAAGAAUAACGUUGCAGUAUGAUGAGGAAAAAUAACAUCCUUUUAGGAGCAUAAAGUUGAAAUAUUAAAGACGUUUUCUUGAAUGAAAAACAAAACAACAAAGUUGGAUAAUUACUGUAGGUUGCGGAAAAAUGUUAUGUCACAUGAAUAAAGUUGAAAUAUGAGAAUAAGUCAGAACAAGUCUGAGAAGAAAAUCUACACGAACAAUGUUGAAAUAGUUGGAAAAUUGAAUUAAAAAAAACAGCAGAAAUGGAAGAAACAGCCGUAAUCCUACAAUAAUAAAGUCAAAAUAUUAAUAUUAAAAUAUUAAUAAAAUAUUAAGAGAAAAAUGUCGUAUUCUAACGAGAGAGUCCUAAUUUUACGAGAAUGCACUUAUAAUAUUAUGAGGAAAAAUAGUUUUUCUAUUUUGUAGCAUAGUGGAAAUACUAAAGAAUAUUUUUUUUUUUUUAAGUCAACAAAAAAGUUGUAAUUUUAGGAAAAGUUAUAUUAUGGGAGUAAAGUAAACGUAUUACAAAAAGAAAAAAGAUUAUUGAACAAUAAAUUUGAAAUAUUUGGAAAAUAAAAAAAAAAACACACACAAAGAGGGAGCAAAGAGCGAAGUUUGGUUUUUAACCUACAUCACAAAGCUGAGGUGGACUUUUUUUCUUGAAAUAUGUGCAACCCGUUGUUUGACAAAAUAUCAAAGUGGCCCUCGCUUGAAAACGUUCGGACACUCCUGUUGUAGGCACAAUGUGUCACUUUUGUUUUGUAAAAAGUAAAACAGAAAAAUAUUUAUUUUUGUAUUUUUGCCAGCAUAUUUCAUUUGAGAUUGUACUGUUGUUUGUACAAAACAUUAAAACAGUAUGUAUUCAC